GUGUAUGAUGAAGCGCUCAGUAGUACAUACACGUAUGAACCUUAUCAGAUUACGAAGCGGAUAUAAAAUUCGCUUCGUUGCCACUGCGUUCUGCGCUACGACCAGUAAGGCCGUCCAUACAAGCAAUACGUGUCGGAGAAAGAUGGAUCUGAAGCGGGACGAGAUUCUACUGCUGUUCGACGUCGACGGAACGCUGACCAGACCGCGCGUCAAGAUCGACGAUGACUUCAAGGAGUUUUUGUACAAGAAGGUUCAACCGAGGGCCACCAUCGGACUGGUGGGAGGAUCCGAUCUGGAGAAGAUGUUCGAACAGCUGAGCGGACGGGAGAUUAUGGAAAAGUUCGACUACGUCUAUCCGGAGAAUGGAUUGAUUCAAUACGAGAAAGGAGUGGAAGUUGGGCGGGUGUCAGUGGCGCAGCAUUUGGGAGAAGAUGUUCUGAAAAGGUUCAUCAAUUUCGUGUUGAAAUACUUCUCGGAAUUGGACAUUCCGAUUAAGAGGGGAACUUUUGUCGAGUUUAGGACCGGGAUGUUAAACGUAAGUCCUAUUGGGCGGAACUGUUCGGCGAAGGAGCGACAAGAGUUUUUCGAAUAUGACAACAAAUACCAAAUAAGACAACAAAUGAUCAAUGUUCUCAAGAAGGAGUUCAGUGAUAUCGAUUUGACGUACAGUAUCGGCGGUCAAAUCAGUUUCGACGUGUUUCCAAACGGAUGGGACAAGACGUACUGCUUGCGGCAUGCAACGAAGGGUACCAACUUCAAAGAGAUUCACUUUUUCGGAGAUAAAACCGAUCCCGGCGGUAAUGAUCAUGAAAUUUUUGCUGAUCCUAGAACGAUUGGACACAAGGUAACAUCGCCUGAGGAUACCAAACGACAACUGAUGGAACUGCUUAAAAUCGAAUAGUACUGCCAACUGUAAGAUACUAAUUUUAGUGAAAAUAAAAAGCUUUAUUUUAA